ACAUUGUUUGUAUAAAUAUACCAAAUAUUUUGCCAGCAAUAUACAAAUGAAAAAUUCUACUGUCUUUUCCAGCAGGCCUUUGUACAGACAUAACAAACUUUCUUGUACCAAAGUUUUUGUCAUACUACUGCUGCAGUAACAAAACCUCAACUCUUUCUUGUUUCUGCUGACCCAUUUAUGCAAAAGCCAUAAAGAUCUUAACUUUUAUUGAUUCAGAAAAUGGGUUAUCAAAAUAAGCUUCUGGGUAUGUUCUUAUGCUUUUACUUCAUUGGAGUUAAUGGUAUAGGAAAUUCUUCAGCUUCUGAUAAAGGAGUUGUUGUCAUUCAUGGCAAAGCUUUUAUUGGAAGGAUUGAUGAUGAUUUUGUUUGUGCAACUAUUGAUUGGUGGCCACCUGAGAAAUGUGACUGGGGAAAAUGCAGUUGGGGUCAUGCUUCUCUGCUUAAUCUGGAUCUUAAUAACAAAAUUUUGUUAAAUGCAGUAAGAGCUUUUUCACCCUUGAAAAUUAGAUUAGGUGGCACCUUGCAAGAUAUUGUGACAUAUGGGACUAAAGAUAAUAUGGAAUCUUGUAUUCCAUUUGUGCUGAAUCCUAAAGCAAGGUUUAAUUUUGGUUUCACUCAUGGAUGCUUACCAAUGCAAAGAUGGGAUGAGCUAAACAGCUUUUUUCAAAAAGCAGGAGUUAAAGUUAUAUUUGGAUUAAAUGCUCUUGCUGGAAGGUCUUUUACUUCUGAUGCUGGUGUUGUUCCUGCGGUUGGACCUUGGAACUAUGCCAAUGCCGAGUCUCUUAUACGUUAUACGGUUGCCAAGAAGUAUACAAUUCAUGGUUGGGAAUUCGGUAAUGAAUUGUGUGGAAAUGCAAUUGGAGCAAGUGUUACUGCGGAUCGAUACGCUUCUGAUGUAAUUGCUUUGAAAAAUAUAGUUCAAGAUGUAUAUAGAGGGGUUGAGCCAAAGCCACUAAUCAUUGCACCUGGAGGCUUCUUUGAUGUGAAUUGGUUUACGGAAUUCUUAAACAAAUCGAGGGAAUCCGCAAAUGUGAUCACACACCAUAUUUAUAACCUCGGACCAGGAGUUGAUGAUCACUUAGUCGAGAAAAUUCUCGAUCCAACCUUUCUCGAUGGAGUGACUAACACAUUCCGCGACCUUAAAAAUGUACUUCGAAGUUCACGAAACUCGGCUAAAGCAUGGGUUGGUGAAGCUGGAGGGUCUUACAAUAGUGGCCGCCAUCUUGUAUCCGAUGCAUUUGUCAACAGCUUCUGGUAUUUGGAUCAGCUUGGCAUGUCAGCUACUUAUGGCACCAGCACAUAUUGCAGACAGACAUUGAUAGGAGGAAACUACGGUUUAUUGAACACAACUACUUUCAUGCCAAAUCCAGACUAUUACAGUGCUCUUCUUUGGCACCGACUCAUGGGAUCACGCGUCCUAUCAACUACGUUCUACGGAACAAAGAAGAUCAGAACUUAUGCUCAUUGCGCAAAGGAAUCUAAGGGAAUCACAAUACUGUUUCUCAACUUGGACGACAGCGCCACUGUCAAUGCACGAGUGACGUUAAACUAUGCGAAGAAACCUCCGCCUCAGAAUGCGGGAAAGUUACAGAGAAGAGAAUAUCAUUUAACAGCAAAGGAUGGAAAUUUACAUAGCCAAACAAUGUUACUAAAUGGAAACAUUCUAAGUGUAAAUUCGGAUGGUGAUAUUCCUCCUUUGAAUCCUAUAUAUGUCGAUUCUUCGAAGCCAAUAACAGUUGGUCCUCUCUCUAUUGUAUUUGCUCAUAUACCAGAUGCUGCAAUCCAAGCUUGCAGCUAGACAGCUCGAUGGAACUAGGCGAACCGAAAAUCGGUUUCGCUUGGUGGUUGAUAAUAAAGUUAAACAUAGUAGAAUACACAAAAAAGUACUAUUGUUAGUUUGUUUGGAGGGCCAAGCCCUAUGAUUUUGAUUGGUUUUGAAUAUUCCCAAUAGACUAUUCAGAUUAUUAUGACAACUGUAUAUUUGAUUAUUAUAAAUUGAAAGUGACUCGUUCAAUUCAA